CAACUCAUUGUUCCGUAGCAUUUUAGCCUUCUUUUUUUUUAGCCUGCACACCACAGAUUGCGGGAAGACGGACCGUAGAGAGGCGUUUCAUUCAAAGGAUUCUCGAAGUUUCUCCCCGUCCCCUUCUUCAGCAGACACACACAUAUCCCCGAUAACACGGCGUUGUGUGUGCCGCAGGAGCGAAAAAACGACCGUAGAAGAGCUCUUUUAUCGGCGGUCUCAUCUGUGAGCGCACGCACGCUGAUGGCGGUCACUAUCGAGGAUCUGUAUCGGAGCUACGGGGUCCUUGCCGACGCCAAGGACAACCUCAGUCAGCACAAAGAUGCCUACCAAGUAAUCUUGGAUGGCGUGAAGGGUGGCCCGAAGGAGAAGCGCCUGGCGGCACAGUUUAUCCCCAAGUUCUUCAGCAGCUUUCCGGAACUGGCCGACUCGGCCAUUAACGCCCAGCUCGAUCUCUGUGAAGAUGAGGAUGUGUCGAUCCGACGACAGGCCAUCAAGGAGCUUCCGCGGUUCGCAACUGGCGAGAACAUCCUCAGAGUUGCAGAUAUUCUCACCCAGCUCCUUCAGACAGAUGAUACAGCCGAGUUCAACCAAGUGACUGGAUCCCUUAUUGCUAUCUUCAAGAUAGAUGCUAAGGGUACUCUCGGAGGCCUCUUCUCUCAGAUCCUGCAAGGAGAGGACAUCGUGCGAGAACGGGCCAUCAAGUUCCUGUCGAGCAAACUGAAGACCCUGCCAGAGGAAGUCAUGACGAAGGAGAUGGAGGAUUACGUCUUUGCAGAGACAAAGAAGGUGCUGGAGGAUGUGACCGGAGAGGAAUUUGUUCUGUUGAUGCGCGUCGUUUCGGGCCUGCGGGUGCUGCAGACGGUGAACGGGCGGCAGCAGCUGGUGGAGCUGGUGGUGGAGCAGGCUUUCCUGGAGCAGGCCCUCAACCCAACCGACCCGGACACUGUUGACCGCCUGCUGCAGUGCACACGACAAGCCCUGCCCCUCUUCUCUAAAAAUGUCCAUUCCACGCGCUUUGUAACCUACUUCUGUGAACACGUCCUGCCCAACCUCAGUUCCCUGACCAGUCCCGUGGCUGAGCUGGACAUUCAGUUGGAGGUGCUGAAGCUGCUGGCGGAGAUGAGUCCGUUCUGUGGAGACAUGGAUAAGCUGGAGCCCAACCUCAACAUGCUGUUCACCAAGCUGCUGGAGUUCAUGCCGCUGCCACCAGAAGAAGUCGGGAACGGAGAGAACUCUGCGAGCGAGGAGCCCAAACUGCAGUUCAGCUACGUGGAGUGUCUCCUCUUCGGCUUCCACCAGCUGGGCAAGAAGCUGCCGGACUUCCUCCUCGAGAAAGUGGACGCCGAGCGCCUCAAAGACUUCAAGAUCCGGUUACAGUAUUUUGCCAGAGGCCUGCAGGUUUAUAUCAGACAGCUGCGAGUAGCACUGCAAGGAAAGUCCGGAGACGCUCUGAAGACGGACGAGAAUAAGAUCAAAGUGGUGGCCCUCAAGAUCACAAACAACAUCAACGUCCUCAUCAAGGAUCUCUUCCACAACCCUCCAUCAUUCAAGAGCACAGUCAGUCUGUCCUGGAAACCCAUCCAGAGGUCGGAGGCAGUAGCACCGAAGCGCCCGUCCGCUGACGAGAUCGGCUCCGGCGGCAGCACAAACAAACAGGUCUCUCCUCAGCCCCGGAGGGAUGCGCGGCAGAUCUACAAUCCCCCCAGCGGCAAGUUCAGCGCAACCAUCGGCAAUUUCACUUAUGAGCAGCGCGGCGGCUUCAGGGGCGGACGAGGACGAGGCUUCGGAGGCCGAGGCAACCGGAGCCGAGGCCGAAUCUACUGAGAAACGCACACAUACAGUACAUAUUGCUCAUUGAACUGCAUCACAUCAGGAUAUUUUUGGCACCUACUCUACUUUUUUUUUAAAAUGGUCUCCACGUCUUUUUCAUCAUCCAACUCCUACAUCCAGUUUUUGUUUGUUGUUGUUUUUUUUGUGGAUAAUAUGGGGUUUUGUUUCCCGUCUUCAGACAACUGGCGCACUCAUUUCAACAUUUACUCCCCAUAAUCCUUUUGGCCAAGGCGAUAGUUAACGUAAAUCUAGAUGGUUUUUCUCCCCCCCAUCCCCCCCCCCCCCAUCCCAUAAUUUUAAAAAAAUAUUCUGUGUAUUUUUGUGGAAAAACUGCCACGUUGUAAUUGAUGAAUAUUUUUGUCGGAUCGUUGUAGGAAGAGAUAAAGAUCCUCUUGUUUGGAACGUGGACGAAUGCGUUUCUUUCUACCUUUUUUUUUUUUUUUUUUUUUUUAAAUUUAAUCUUAUUUUUCUUUUUUUUCAGAACUUAAGUUGAAUUGGCUGACUAUGCUCUACUUUGUAUGACUCAAUGAUGUUUCAUUGGAUUUUUAUCAUAAACUUGUAUGGAAGUAUAAAACCUU